CUUUUUGUUUUUCAGAGCUGUGUAUGCAAAGGUAAAAGUCCCUGCUUUUGCGAUAGCAUGAAGGGCAGUAAGGGUGAAAAAGGCUUUCCUGGUGUUCCAGGUCCACCUGGUCAUAGAGGAUUUCCUGGUCCAGAAGGGCCUCCAGGGCCACAGGGACCAAAGGGUUCUCCAGGUUUUAUGGGCUUCGUUGGACCCAAAGGUAUACGAGGAGUCCCAGGAAUACCUGGAUUUUCAGGUCCCCCAGGCCUUCCAGGUGAACCAGGAACUGUUGGUCCUCCUGGGCCCUCGGGUGUUCCAGGAUGCAAUGGCACAAAGGGCGAUCGAGGUUUUCCAGGUCCUCCAGGUAGAAGAGGGGCUCCAGGCAUUCCAGGUAUUGCUGGCAUCAAAGGAGAGAAGGGGUGCCCUGCAGAGGGAUAUAACCAAGGGUAUGGUGCAAAAGGUGAUCCUGGAUUUCCAGGAAUGCCUGGACUUCGGGGUGCCCAGGGUGCUCAAGGUUAUCCUGGGGAACGUGGACCACAAGGCCCUCCAGGAGCUUCAGGCAUGCCAGGGAAAGCAGGACCUCCUGGACCUAAGGGUCUUAUGGGACUGAAAGUAAUAGGAACUAAAGGAAGGAAGGGUGACACUGGGUUAACUGGACCCCCUGGACCACCAGGAACUGUUAUUGUGACAUUAAGUGGACCAGAUAACAUGACGGACUUGAAAGGAGACAAAGGAGAAAAAGGAUCAAGAGGGCUUCCAGGACCAAGGGGGUUUACAGGGCCAGUUGGUGAUUCUCAAAGUGAAAAGGGUGACAGAGGAGAACCUGGAGCACAGGGUAAACCUGGAAAAGAAGGUGCCCCAGGUCCACCUGGCUUACCGGGACAAAAGGGUGAACAGGGCAAACCAGGAGUGGCUGGCAGGCAAGGAGAUAAGGGCAUGAAAGGAAACACUGGUCCACCUGGAGCUUGUGGUCAAACGGAGUAUUAUGAUAAUGGGAUUGGUGAAAAAGGAGAUGAAGGACCCCCUGGACCUCCAGGACCAAAAGGCCAACGUGGCAUGCCUGGGCCACAGGGUCGUCCCGGAGAUGCUGGUAGACCAGGUGUGUCAAGACCUGGUUUGAGAGGUCCCCCAGGAUUUCCUGGGCCAAAAGGAGCAAAAGGAGAGAAAGGACAAACUGGCUUGUGUACUGUAGGCCCUCCAGGACUACCUGGUAUUACUGGCAGACCUGGUUCUGUUGGAUUACCAGGUCCUCCAGGGGAACCAGGUGAAGUAACAUUUAGAAGAGGCCUACCAGGACUUCCUGGAGAGCCAGGGCGUACAGGACCUCCAGGAACUCCAGGAGAUACUGGUGUGAAAGGUGAUGAAGCUUACGUGUGUACUGACUGCAGCUAUAUUCCGGGAAUACCUGGUCUUCCUGGUUCUCCUGGACCACGUGGCCAGGACGGCAUGCCCGGUAGAGAAGGAGCAACGGGUCCAAAAGGUUCUCCAGGUUCUCCAGGAGCACCAGGGUUUCCAGGGGCUCAAGGACCUCCAGGUUUUAGAGGAGAUCAAGGACGUAAAGGAUCAAAAGGUGAGGCAGGAUAUGUGUAUCCAGAAGGGCCGAAAGGUGAGCGAGGAGAUCCAGGGGCCAGGGGAGACAAAGGAAGAAAAGGUUCAAGUGGAUUUCUGGGAAGACCUGGCUCUAAAGGAUCCAAGGGUUCUAAAGGUGAAGAGGGAUUGUCUGGCUCAAAAGGAGAUAGAGGACUACCGGGGUUGCCUGGCAGUGUUGGUGCUCCUGGUGAGAUGGGGCUUCCUGGACUGCCGGGAUAUGGAUCACAAGGCAUAAGAGGUUUCAAAGGCUCUAAAGGAAUACCUGGCCCACCUGGAUUACCUGGAGAAGCUGGUCUGAAAGGAGAGACCAGUAGGAUAACUCCAUUGCCUGCGUUGCCAGGACCUCGGGGACCAGAUGGUUUACCUGGCCCCCCAGGAGUGCCUGGUAGGGUUGGAGCAAGAGGUCAGCCGGGUGAUUCAGGACAUCCAGGUCCAACAGGUGACACAGGCUUUCCAGGGCUUGGGUUUCCUGGAAACCCAGGUCCAAAAGGAGAUAAAGGACUUGCAGGAGGCAGAGGGUCACCAGGUUGUGAAGGAAAGAUUGGAGAUCCAGGCCGAGCUGGAAACCUAGGACAUCCAGGAGAAAAGGGUGACCCAGGCAUGGUUAUUCCUGGAGAGCCAGGUAGACUGGGUUCACCAGGAGGUCAUGGCAUUCCUGGCUCAAAAGGUGAUCCUGGAUUUCCAGGACUUCCAGGCUUACCAGGGCGUGCUGGACACGAUGGUGAUGAUGGCCUAAGAGGAGAUCGUGGCUCACCUGGAGUUCCUGGAGAUCCAGGUUUUCCAGGGAAACCUGCUGAAUGUGUUAUUGGCCUGCCAGGUUUGCCUGGUGGCCAGGGAGCUACAGGCCAACCAGGAGGAAGAGGUUCGCAAGGUUCAAAAGGCAAACUAGGUCCUCCUGGCUUGAGUAUCCCGGGAAUCUAUGGAACACCAGGGGAACCUGGUUUAAGAGGUCUUCAGGGAAAUACAGGAUUACCUGGUCCCAAGGGACAGUCUGGAAGGCCAGGAAUCUCUGGUGUGCCAGGCUCAAGGGGAGAGCCAGGUAUAGUGGGCUGGUUAGGAAUUCCUGGACCCCCUGGCAUGAUUGGAAGACCUGGCAACCCGGGUAUCAGAGGUUCUUCUGGCUUCCCAGGACUAAAGGGAAGAAAAGGGUUUCUUGGAGCAAAAGGUGAACCAGGUGAUAAAGGUUUUCCUGGACCAUCUGAGACCUUGGUUGGUAUUGGAAAUAAAGGAGAACAAGGCUUAAAAGGAGUUCAAGGAAGAAUGGGUCUAAGAGGAGAAAAAGGAGACACUGGAGUGCAAGGUCCCCCAGGUCUUGAUGGAUCUGAAGGAAUACCUGGUCUUCCAGGUGUCAAAGGAUUUAUGGGUCUUCCAGGGAUUCCUGGAGGACAAGGAUUUCCAGGUGCACCAGGAAACAAAGGGGACAUGGGAAUUCCAGGUCCAAAAGGACAGAAAGGAUCUCCAGGCUUUCCAGGACCAUCAGGUGACCCUGGUCCACCAGGCUAUGGUGGCUUUCCGGGUGACAAAGGAGAUCCUGGGUACCCAUCUGCUGGGCCUCCAGGAGAACCUGGUCCAAAGGGAGAUCCAGGCCUCCCAGGAGUUUUGGGCAUCAAAGGAGAAAAAGGAUCCCAAGGUCACCCAGGACACAAAGGAGUACCAGGACCACAUGGGAUCAGAGGGGAAACUGGAGGUGCAGGAAUCCCAGGGAAGCUUGGACCUCCUGGAGAUACUGGUGUUAAAGGACGGCCGGGCCGCCCAGGGCAACAGGGCAUUACAGGCCCUCCUGGUGCUGUUGGAGACCCUGGAAAAAAUGGACUACUUGGUGAGAGAGGUAACCAAGGUCAGGAUGGUAUGCCUGGUCCCCCAGGAGUAAAGGGAGAACCAGGAGCACCUGGGAGAGGAAUCCCUGGCCUUCGAGGUAUUCCUGGUCGUAGAGGAAUCAAAGGGGACAUGGGACUGCCUGGUUUUCCAGGGCCACCAGGUAUGAAAGGUCAUCACGGUGAUCAAGGACCUGUUGGACCUCCUGGCUUACUGGGGUUACCUGGAUUUCAAGGCGCAACAGGCAUGGCAAUUACUGGCCAAAAAGGGAAUAGAGGUAUUGCUGGUGCAGAUGGAAGACCAGGUGCUCCUGGUUUUCCAGGGCCUCCUGGUCUCUCCACUCCCAGCAUGAAAGGAAGCAAAGGUGUUAGAGGGGCAGAUGGUAUACCAGGGCCAACAGGCCCAGCCGGUGACAUUGGUCCUCCUGGUCCAAAAGGAAUAGAAGGUCGAUCAGGUUAUCCUGGUGCUAGAGGGGACCCUGGAUUUAUUGGAUUCCCAGGUGUAAAAGGAGAAAAGGGUAAUCAAGGACCCCCUGGACCACAAGGUGCAGAAGGGCCAAGGGGACCAAAGGGCCAGCAUGGUCCACCUGGAGUCUCUGGGAGAAUAUUCUCUGUCCCAGGAAGUAAGGGUCCUCCUGGACUGCCAGGAAUCCCAGGAACACCAGGUGAUCAAGGCAUUCAAGGAAUUCCUGGACUACAAGGACUUAAAGGAGUAAAAGGUCUACCAGGAAGUUUCGGUCGUCCAGGUCAACCAGGACUGCCUGGUCCAAAAGGAGACAGAGGAUUUCCAGGACAAAGAGGACAACCUGGACUGAUUGGCUUUCCAGGUCUACAGGGGUUACCUGGAUUACCAGGUACUAUCAUUGCUGGUCCAACAAGAAGAGGUUUUAUCUUUACCCGGCAUAGUCAGUCAACAAAGAUUCCUUCAUGCCCAUAUGGGACAUCACAGAUCUAUGUUGGCUAUUCACUGCUUUUUGUACAAGGAAAUGAACGAGCACAUGGACAAGAUCUUGGAACAGCUGGUAGCUGCUUGCAGAGGUUUACCACCAUGCCAUUCUUAUUCUGUAACACCAAUGACAUUUGUAGUUUUGCUUCUCGCAAUGACUAUUCAUACUGGCUGUCAACUGCAGCAGUAAUGCCAGUAGACAUGGCACCAAUUUCUGGAAGGGCACUAGAGCCCCAUAUAAGCAGGUGUGUUGUCUGUGAAGGAGCUGCAAUGGUAAUAGCAGUUCAUAGCCAAACAACUAUAGUUCCUGCAUGUCCAGAAGGCUGGAUAUCUCUCUGGAAGGGUUUUUCAUUUGUUAUGUAUACAAGUGCCGGCUCAGAAGCUUCUGGCCAAGCAUUGGCAUCUCCUGGAUCUUGUCUGGAAGAAUUUCGAGCCAUCCCAUUCAUAGAGUGCCAUGGCAGGGGGACAUGCAACUACUACACAAAUUCCUACAGUUUCUGGUUGGCAUCAUUAAAUCCAAGAAGAAUGUUCAGGAAACCUCUACCACAGACUUUGAAAGCUGGAGAACUAGAAAAUAUCAUCAGCCGUUGUCAGGUGUGCAUGAAGAGACCAGCCUAAACAGUGGCCACUGUUGUUGGAACAUGAAACACUGCUUUUAUUACAAAGAAUUGCCUAACUAUGAAGAACUGUAAUUUAUUAAAAGUCCAACUGCAUCUGGAAAGAAAAUUGUAAAUUGCCAAUGCAGCACUGUGGUGAGGUAGGGCAACAGUUUGACUUUUGUCUUUGGCAAAUGAGAAAGCACUUUGUUGGAGAAAGCUUGUAAUGGCAGUCUGCAGGGGCUUCUGCUGAACUGUCAUUUCUGAGCUGCAUCUUCAUGAUAAAACUGUGGCAUUGCCAGAUCUCUAAUGAAAGAUGUUAAUGCUGCCUUGUGUCAUGUGCUUUUCAAACCACACGACAAACUAAAUGCUCUAAUAUCAGCUUACAUAUGCUCAGUGUUCAAAGUGGAUAUAAUUUAAGAUGAAAAUCUGGCACUUAAGAGAGAUAGGGUUCAGUAGGAGAUAUUUUCAGUGCACUUUUAAAUACAUAAUGAUUCAUUUAGGGUUGUUUUGUUUUGGUUUUCUUGUCUAAUAAACAAGUAUCUCCCCACUUACCUCACCCUUCCUCUGGCUGGCAAACAGCAAUACAGUCUUUUUUGUAUCACUGCAAUAAUAAUGGUUCUUGACUAGCCAGAAAGGGAGCUGCACCAUGCACUGUGCAGACAGAACAGUGGUGAUGUGCACUAGCUGUGUUCUCCAGAGUGACGAUGGCUGAGGGCUGACUAAUUGAAAGUGUUGGAAAGUUUUCAUUAGAUUCCACGGCUUUUGACACAGAUCAUGAGAUCUUUUAAAUUCUUCAAAAGUUGACAGUAUUGGGCCUCUAUUAUUAUUCACAUGCUUUUGUCUCUACUGAAGAACAACUAUUUACUAUAUCGUAAUUUGGGAUUCUGAUGGAAUUAACAAUUACUGUAUGGCUCAAGGGCUCCCAUGGCAUUAUCAGGUUAUCACACACCCAUCAGGAUGUGAUCUCUAUUUUGUUUUAACAGACACAAAAAAUAUAAUAUUUGCAUUUUAUAAUAUUCCAUAUUUAAAUAUAUAUCACAAAUUAUAUUCUGUAUUUAAAUAUUUAUCACUCAUUUCUGCAAAUGAAACUAUUUAUUCCAUCCAGUUAAAUGUACACAUCCAAAUUUUUUUAAAAAGACUGAUACUCAAAUUGUUCCAUCUAAGCACUGACUUAGAUAAUCCAACUGUAAAUGAACAUAAAUACUUGAAAAGCACUUUCAUUUACUCAUAUAACUUAUAUAAAAUUGUAGCUCUGAGGUUUGUUUAAUAUUUAUAACAUUGCACUUGCAAAGCUAUUUAAAAUUGUAAUGUUAACAUUUAAAAUGUUAAUAUUUUUUAAUACUUGCACAAUCUAUCAGAAUUCCAGUAUUUAGUGUUAUAGCAGAAGCUUAAUUCAUCUGAAUAGUUCUGUAAAUGCAUCAUUUUAAAUGUAGCAUUUUAAAUCUAGCAAUUCAUUGAAAUAACCAAGAUUUCUCAUUUAGAUGUUUUUUAAGCCAGUGAAAUUUUAUAUUGUUUCUGUUAAAAUACUUGCAUUGUGUUUGUCUGACUGUUUGAAUUUUCAGUGUUAACCUAACUAAGAAAAAGUUUCGUCUGUGUUUCAUGCCAGUAUCUUCUGAUGGAUUUAACGUGAACUGAAUGGAUAUUUUAAAAUUGUUUGCUUGAACAGUCAUAGUACUUCUGUUUGCAAGGUAUAAUUGUGAAUUUGCAGGUUUUUAUGAAGAAUCUCUAUGCAGAUGCACUACUGAUAAGAAGGUAUUAAUGUCAAGUUAAUAGUCUUCCAUUUGAACCAGAUUUGGGGUUGAGGGUGUUUUCCUUAAAACAAUCACAUAUUAGAUUUUUUCCAUAAACUCUGAAGUUUGCUUUGAAUACUCAAAGAUAAAGUCCACACCCACUGCUUGUUAGGUUGUUGGGGUUUUGGUGAGUUUUCUUAUUAAGGCUCAUUACAGUCACCCAGAGGCAUUGUAUACGGUAUACAGUUGAUGACUGUGGAGACCCUCAUCUAAAACUUGCUAGUAAAAUGCAGAAUGUAAGUACCUGAGGUUGAAGUCUCUGGAAAUGGUCAGUAAAGGAUAAUGUGUAAGGAGAAGGGAAUGGAUUGGGUUUAAAGUCCAAAGGUAAGUUACAAAGAUUUAUGUCUCAUAGUAUAGCACAAAACUGGAAGUUACGCCUUGUUCCCAGUUUUGGAUUCUGCCGCUUACUUCUUGUGUGACCUUCAGCAAGUUACUAAAGAAAGAUUUUCAUAAAUAGCUUUAAUUUUGAGUGCUCAAACUCAGUCUUUCUUUCAAAAGCAUGAAACACAACUGCAAGGACACAUGUUCAUCAGACCCAGCAUAAUACAAGCUGGACACUGAAAAUCAAAGAAAACCUUGAAACAAGUUGAUCUUAACUUCUCUCUGCAGAUGCAGAUCAUUUUACUUCCCUACUGCUAAUGACUGUUGUGAGGAUUAGUUAACUCAUGUCUGUAAACGCUUUGAGAGCCUUAACUGGAAAGUGCUGACGAGGUGCAAGGUGUUAAUAUAUUGUACUGAAAGAAUGGAAGCCUGAGAAAUCAGAAAUAAUGAUCAAACAACUGGGGGGCAGGGAGGAAAGCAAACCUUCUGCUAAAUACAGCCAAAUAAAAAUAUUUUGACUAAA